AUGACUCGCCUUCAUGUAUUGCCCUUGUUGGCGGCCAUGGGCUCGAUUGUCCUGGCCGGCCAAGACGCCUUCCAAUCGAAAUGUGUCGAGUUUGGUGCUCAAAUCGACAUUCCCAAUGUGAAAGUCAACUUUGCCGAAUUCGUCCAGGGAGGUACCAACUUAUCCUUGGCAGACAAUCCGCCUAGCUGCGGUAGAUCAAAUCAGGCCGUCUCGGUAGACUUGUGCCGAGUCGCCAUGGCCGUGUCGACCUCAAAUAGUAGCGAGAUCACGCUAGAGGCUUGGUUCCCGCGUGAAUAUAAGGGCCGUUUCUUGAGCACCGGAAAUGGCGGUAUAUCUGGAUGCAUUCAAUACUAUGACCUCGCAUACACCGCGCAACUAGGGUUUGCCACUGUCGGAGCGAACAAUGGACACAAUGGUACCUCGGGAAAGCCUUUCUACCGUCAACCUGAGGUAAUCGAAGAUUAUGCAUACCGCUCUGUUCACACAGGAGUUGUCAUAGGCAAAGAGCUCACCAAGCAAUUCUACGAGGAGGGCUUCAGCAAGAGCUACUACCUCGGAUGCUCGACUGGUGGCCGCCAAGGUUGGAAGUCUGUUCAGAGAUACCCCAACGACUUUGACGGGGUGGUCGCUGGUGCCCCUGCUAUCAGCUUGAUCAAUCUUAUUUCAUGGAGCGCGCAUUUCUAUUCGAUCACAGGCUCCCCAUCUUCCGAUACAUUCUUGUCCCCAGCUGAAUGGAAGGUCGUCCACGAAGAGAUCAUCCGCCAAUGUGAUACUAUUGAUGGCGCUGAAGAUGGAAUUAUUGAAGAUACCGACCUCUGCCACCCAGUCUUGGAAACGCUGACCUGCGACCCCAGUGCCCCAAGCAAAACAAGCUGUCUCACAAGCUCUCAAGUCAACACCGCCCAGCAAGUGCUAUCGCCAUUCUAUGGAAUUAAUGGCACCCUGCUAUACCCACGCAUGCAGCCUGGCUCGGAGGUCCUCGCUGCACCUAUAAUGUACAGUGGUACGCCAUUCCAAUACAGCGAAGACUGGUAUCGUUACGUCGUCUACAACAACCCAUCCUGGAGCGGGGCCAACUUCACAGUGAAAGAUGCUGCUGUGGCUCUCGCCCAGAAUCCGUACGACAUACAAACAUGGGACGGCGAUAUAUCUUCAUUCAAAAAUGGCGGCGGCAAAAUCCUGCACUACCACGGCCUCCAAGACCAGCUGAUUAGCUCCGACAACUCCAAGCUGUACUAUUCCCAUGUGUCAAACACCAUGGAACUUCCUCCAGAUAAGCUGGACGAGUUCUACCGCUUCUUCCCGAUCAGCGGUAUGGGGCAUUGCGGCGAUGGAGAUGGAGCCUAUGGUAUUGGUCAGGGCGUCGGUACUUACGCUGGAACCAACCCCGAGGACAAUGUUCUUAUGGCAAUGGUUCAGUGGGUCGAGGAGGGCAAGGCACCAGAGACUGUUCGUGGUGCUAAGUUCUCUAAUGGUCCUGGCUCUGAGGUCGAGUACAAGCGCAGGCAUUGCCGCUGGCCUCGACGCAAUGUGUUCAAGGGCCCUGGUAACUACACCGAUGAGAACGCUUGGCAUGGCGACAAUCCCGCGCACUCUCGAGUCCCGAGUUCACAGCCAACCCGUGACCUGUCCGAGCUCCCAGUCCCCUUUCCAGACCAGAUCGCAAUGGCAGACCCAACGAUGGACGAGUUUGCACAGACCCGCGGCGCCGACGACCUAUUCGACGAUGAGAUUAUCCCGAUCUCCACAGAAGAGCAGCAGGCGCAGACAGAGAUCAUUACCCCCGAGCCAGAACCAGAACCCGAGCCAGAGGAAGUACAUGUACCUGAGAAGCCAGCUCCGGAGCAGCCAAUUCCACGUGGGGAGACUCCGCAGCGGGGCCGUGGAGAACGAAGCCGGGGACGACGGGGCCGGGGCAAAGGAGGACGCGGUGCACGGGACUCGGAGCAAAAACGGUCAGAGAGUUCUCCGCGCAAAAAGAUUCCUGUCAAUGCGCCUGCUGUUGAUACGCGCGAGGCGACUCCUUUGAAGCCUGAGAAGCCUGAGAAGCCCGUUGAGCCUAAAGAGCAGACCGGUCCAGUUGAAGAGGGUAAUGGUGAAGAUUCGGCGAAUAAUGGCGCCGAUGCCCAGCGUGUUCCUGCUGUUCGUGGCGAUCGGAGUGCCACUGGUGGCCUGAGAAAGCCUAAACUCACGGAAGAGGAACUAUCCAAACGCAUUGCUGCAGCCAAGGAAAACGCCGUGAAGAAGGCUGCGGCCCAUGCUCGCGCCGAAGCCGAUCAGGCGUCGUUCAUGGAGCGCGAGCAGGAGGCGGCGAAGAAACGUCGCGAGGAACUCGCGCACCGCCGCGUUAUGGAUAGUGAACGCGAGAAAAACAGGCAGCGAAAGCUCAAGGCCCAGACGGGGCGCGAGUGGGACUCGCAGAAACGCGAGGAAGAUUAUGACCCCCGCGGUGGAGGCAGCCAAUUUAGACGCGGUAUGCAUGGCGGCGUGUCUGGCGCCGCGCGACGAGACUUUGAAGACGGCCGUUCAGAAGAUGCCGCAGAUCACUCUGGUGGUAACCGCGGCCGUGGACGUGGUGGUCGAGGUGGCCGUGACCGUGGAUCUCCGCGUGCCCCACAGGGAGACCGGCCACGCAAGGGCUUAGCUGAUAGUAUAUUUGCAACAGAGGGCCCUGCUGCGCCGGGGUUGGAUGAUAGGAGUGUAUUUCCAGCUCUGCCUGAGAAACCCAAGAAGACAGAGACUAAACCUGUGCCUACGCAGGAGACUAAGGUCAAGGCUGAGACUAAAGUCGAGCCUAAACCCGAAACUGCUCCUGCACCAUCCAAGUCACAAACAGCAAUGGACAAGUUGGACUCUACUUUUUCACCCAUCACUGGAACUUGGGCAGACCAGUUUGAGGAUGAGUGA